CACAGCUGUAGAAACUCCACAACUUCAAGCGGGACAAAGCUUCACGGGAGAAAAUAAAAAUAACACAGAUGAAGCCAGGAUUAAGAGAUGCUCACUGAGUUGGAUUUGUUGAAACGAAACAUGGAUUUUUGUAAACAUUUUAUGAUGGAUAUAUUUUCUCGUAUUGACAGAGAAUAGGCGGCAGAAAGAGCAACUGACCUUCGCCUAAGUGGAACAUUGGCUGAACACAAGGGAUCAUCAUAUUUUGGAAACUAGUGCAGAUGGUGUCCAUCGUCGUCUGUGGUGAAAUGGAGACAGAGUCGUGUUGUGAAGAGCGUAAAGACCUUGCGGUGGAGCCUACAGAGUCGGAGGUAAGAGGGGCCAUUUCUGAGCCCGCGGACCGGGACGGUCCCAGCGAGCUGUCCUGUGGGCAGAGGAGUCGAGAAGAAGCCGAGGAGCCGUGCGGGAAAGAUGAGGCUGGAACAGAGAGCCGUGCAGAGGGGAGUAUAGACAUGAAAAGCUCCUCAGAUCCCAAGGAGGAGAGAGGAGAAACUGAAUGUAAGGAACAGAGGAAACUGAAAAAAACAAACAGUUGGAAGAUGGUACGAUUCCAAGACCCGUCAGCCGGAGAUAAUGUGCUGGAGAGGGACAGCUCAGCAGAGAGUCUGUUUCCAGAGUACGCAGUGGAGGAGUGGACUUCCUCAACCUUUGAGCAGCUGUUCGUGGCAGAAGACUGGAAGGACCUAACAGAGGACCGGCUGUUGAGGAAGAAGGUGCUGGGUUCUGGGAUCCCGCAGACCCCGCACCCCGCCUGGGGCCAGGAGGUUACUGUGAAGAUGCAGGGUGUCCUGGAGGACCGCACCGUGGUGGAGAUGGACUGCCAGCUCGUCUUUGUUAUCGGAGAGGGAGACGUAAAUCAGGCCCUGGAGGAGUGUGUCAUGUCCAUGCAGAAGGGCGAGAUCACAUUACUGCUGGCAGAUUCGCAGUACGCUUAUGGACUUCUGGGAAGGGAGCCUGAUAUUCCGUCCUGGGCUCCGCUGCUCUACCAGCUGAGGCUGCUGGACAUCAGAGAGAAACCAGACCCCUUAACCCUCCCCAUCGCGGACCGCUUCCGCAUCGGCAACCAGAAACGAGAGCGGGGAAACUUUCAUUUCCAGAGGGAGGAAUUUAGCAUGGCUGCCAGAGCCUAUUGUAUGGCCCUGGAUGUGCUAACCACACGCAGCAGAGACGGCAGCGAUGGCGACGCAAAGGCAGAGGAGGAAGAGGUGCAGGACUACCGGGUGAAGUGUUUGAACAACUUGGCAGCCGCGCAGCUCAAACUGGAGCAGUUCGACGAGGCGCUGCACACCAGCCGGGACGUUUUGACCCUCGAGCCGAACAACAUGAAGGCCCUUUUCAGAGCGGGAAAGCUCCUCUCAGACAAGGGUGAAUAUGAAGAGGCGAUGGAGCUGCUAAAAAAGGCUUUGAAACUGGAGCCAGCCACCAAGGCGAUCCAUGUUGAGUUAUCUAAACUCGUCAAGCGGCAAUCAGGAGGCAGAGACACCCAAGAGUGGAAAGCCAAGCCAGCAGAGAUGCUUGGAGAGAAUAUUGCACCUUUCCUUAUUCCAUCUAAGAAGAAGUCAUAUGGAAUUUCCUGGAAAUUCAUACUCGGAGCUUUGGUGGUGGCCUUGGGCAGCUUAGCGACGUCUGUGGUUCUGACUGCGAGAAACUGAAAUCAUCUGCAGGAAGCACUUAAAACACUGACAUAAUCUGUGAAGGCAGUACAGCAGCACUGAAACCAGAACCUUUAUUCAAAAUGUGUUCCCUGUAGUACAUACUGUAAAGUGACUGGUAGAAAUCUAGCAAAUAUACAACAGCAGCAAAGAUUUCUGAUAACUGAUAAGACAGAAGUAACGGUCAUCUUUCCAGUUCAGGCUGUUUUAUCUGGAAAAGCAAUUACACUUAUUUUGGAAGAUAUUCUGUUGUCACAGGUGCUCAACAAAAACAAAAAAUCAAACUUUUGUAAAGACCUACCCAGUUGGAAACGGUUAUUUUAGUAAGUGUAUAAAACAUUGCACAUCAACAAGUAAAAACUGCAACGUAAUAUCGCUUACACUGACGCUUUAAAUAAAUAUUUAAAAAAUGUCUGUUGUCUUUUUCCUUUGGUUUUUCAAGCAAACAAUAUCUUGGUACAAGAUCAAAUGGAGGAAAGAGUGUGUUUAUAUUUUUACGCCUGGCGAUAUCAAUAAAUCUUAAAACUGAA